GCCAUUGACUUCUAUUAGCGAUGUCUGACCCCACUGUACUACCGAAGUCUAUGAAGGCACUUGUAGUUCUUUCCUACAAGACAGCCUCCGUUCAAGAUCAUCCAAUUCCAGUUAUAUAUGAGGACGAAGUCCUCAUCCGGGUCAUCGCCGUCGCGCUCGGCCCUCCAGACCUGCGAGCCCUCGAGUUCACCCCAACCGCAGGAACAGUCCUCGGCUGCGACUUGGCCGGAGUGAUAGUGCAAGUCGGCAAGAAUGUUGCGACACGUAAGGUUGGUGAACGCGUCGCGGCAUUCGUGCACGGCGGCAACAAUGCGGAACACGGCGCAUUUGCAGAGUAUGCGAAGAGUACGGCGGAUCUCGUCUGGCUGAUCCCGGAGAGCCUGUCCUUUGAAGAGGCUGCGACUAUAAGCAUUGGGACUUGCACGAUCGCCCAGGCGUUUUACCACAAGGGCAGGCUUGAGCUCCCGGAACCAGGUGCAUUCUCCUUCGAGAAGGACGAAUGGAUCUUCGUGUAUGGCGGAAGUUCAUCGUGCGGUCAAUAUGCCGUCCAGUUCGCUCGCGCCUCAGGUUUCAAGGUCGUCACCACGUCCUCCCCGCGCAACUUCGAUCUGUUGAAGUCCUUGGGCGCGACGGCUGUCUUUGACUACCAUGACGUCGACGUCGUGGACAAGAUCAAGGCCGCUACCGGCAACUCGAUCCAGUAUGGGCUCGACGCGAUCGGCCUUCCCGAGACGCAGGAACUCUCGCAGAAGGUCUUCGGGCCUGCCGGGGGCAAGCUCAUCACCCUACUCUGGGCGAACAAGACAAGGGUGCGGGAGGACGUCGCUCUCUCCUUUACCCUUGUAUGCACCGGGCUCGGGCGGGCCUUUAGCAAACCGGGUGCGCACUUCCCAGUGUCGCCAGAGGACACAGCGCAGAUGAUUACGUCCGUGACCAUGAUCCAACGGCUCGUUGAGCAGGGUCGUCUCAAGCCGAACCCGGUCAAGCUCUUGCCGGGCGGGCUCGCUGCGAUCUCGGAAGGGUUGAAGUUCCUAGAAGAGGGGAAGAUGAGCGGCGAGAAGGUCGUGGUGGUUCUCUGAGGUGCUUUGGCGAUGUGCGAUCGUAUGGGCAGCGGCUUGCUGACGCUUCGCUUUGGUAAACCCGGGUCUCCGAGAGGUUAUGCAUAAGCCAUUCAGAAAUUUACCUUGUACGUGGC